AUGUGGUCCAAAGAUGGGUACAGUGUUUUUCGACCGCUUCACUUCGAGAAGCCAAUACGACAUCCAGAGAAUCUCUUGCCCUUGCCUCCAUCAGCUCUGCAAAGACGAAAAUCCCUUCGAGAUGCAUCAGAGCUAAAUUCUUCGACUCAUUCCGCCCCAAAUUCCGCUUAUCUCUCACCAACAACGUCACACGGUGGAGAGAUUCGGAGAACAAGAAGGUUCCUUCAAAAAUAU